AUGAGUGAUCAAAACCCUCCGUCGUACGGGAUGUUUUUCCCAUCACAAAAUCAAGAAAGCGACGGAAAAUGGCAAACCGGUAAUUACGACAUGCCGCUGGUUACAAUCCGCGACGAUCCGCUGAGUGUGUGGGGUCCACCGCCACCUAAUUUCUCGGCCAUUUCGUUACAAGAAGCUUAUAACCAGACAGCAGCUCUUUACUCCCACAUACUAAACGAUCUUUCGUCUGCUAUAGUGGAAGCUCCAGCUUCGUCCCUUCCGUUUCAACAACAAUCGAGUAAUCCAGGUCACGAGAAUCGGAUAACGGGAUCCAGGGUUCACGAGGCAGCGCCAGCUCGUUAUUCCAACAACUAUAUGCUAAGUAGUGUUGAUCUUUCGACAACUAAUACUUCUCCUCUGCUGCUCCAAGAAACGAAUGAAUUGAUUCCCUUUCCGGGGGAGAAUAUUCUUUUGCAUGGUUGUUCGACUGAUAAUCGACAAUCAUCCAGUGCUGGUACGAAAAGGAAACAAACUGCUUCCGAUUACCUGGAUAUGCAGAAAGAAGAAAGUGAAGAAGAUGGAGCUAAAGAGGAAAGCAAACAGCUUAAAAGAACACAUGACUAUGCUCAAGUACAUAACCUGAACAACAGGUGUGUGUACGACAAGUUACGGAGACGGAAGUUUAAGGAAAAGCUGAAGGUUCUCCAAGAACUAGUUCCCAAGUGUAAUAAGAGAGACAAAGAGGCAACCCUAGAUGAUGCUAUAGAGUACAUAAAGAUCUUACAAAAUCAAGUUCAGGAGAAGCAGACGACGGGGUCGGCAAGUUUCCCCGUGCCUGUUUUCCCGUGGAUGAUGCAACCACCACAACCGGGAAUGCAGGUUCCCACUCUUCCUCAAUUCCUACGCAUUUUUCCGGGAAUGGGAAUGGGAAUGGCGUAUCCCAUGGGAUUAUCUAAUCCAUGGGCAUCAGGAUUACCAAAUCCAGGUAACGCGAUGGAACCAUGGAUCGGAUCCCAAUUUGCAACGCAAGGGGAGACUACUAGCCCGACAGAAAGCGGUCAUAACAAACCGAGCUAG